GUCUCCUACGUUAUACACUUCCUUGAACCCUGCCAUAUCACCGAGACCUAGUCGAACAACAACCUCAUAACGAGUCCUCGUUCCGCCAGUACAUCAACCCUGCUCACGGAAACUCCAGUAAACCAACCGAAAGGCACAUCCUCAUCAUGUCGGUCGCGACCCAAUCUCAACCUCAGGCUAUGGACAUCGCUGGCUCUUCUUCUCAGGGUGGAAACAGUGGAGUUAGCGGAUACAGCAUCAAGUCCUACUACAAGAACAAGAUCGAAGCUGCCGAGCUUGCCAUCAGCAAGCGAACCCAGAACUUGCGAAGGUUGGAAGCUCAGCGCAAUGCUUUGAACAGUCGAGUACGACUGCUUCGGGAGGAACUGCAACUGCUACAGGAGCCUGGUUCGUACAUCGGAGAGGUCGUCAAGGUCAUGGGUAAAAAGAAGGUUCUCGUCAAGGUUCAGCCUGAGGGCAAAUACGUCGUUGACUUUUCCAGCGAUAUCCCACUCUCUGCCCUGAAGCCCAACAUCCGAGUAGCGCUCCGAUCGGACUCUUACCUCCUCCACUCGAUCUUGCCUUCCAAGGUCGACCCGCUCGUCUCGCUCAUGAUGGUCGAAAAGGUCCCCGACUCGACGUACGAGAUGGUCGGAGGUCUCGACCAACAGAUCAAGGAGAUCAAGGAGGUCAUCGAGCUUCCCGUCAAGCACCCGGAAUUGUUCGAAGCAUUGGGUAUCGCUCAGCCCAAGGGGGUCUUGCUUUACGGUCCUCCCGGGACGGGGAAGACUUUAUUGGCGCGUGCCGUAGCCCACCACACCGACUGCAGGUUCAUUAGGGUCUCUGGUUCCGAGCUCGUACAAAAGUACAUCGGUGAAGGAUCCAGGAUGGUCAGGGAGCUUUUCGUCAUGGCUCGAGAACACGCGCCGAGUAUUAUCUUUAUGGACGAGAUCGACAGUAUCGGAAGUGCGAGAGGUGGUGGUGGUGGCAGUGGAGGUGGGGACUCGGAGGUGCAGAGGACCAUGCUGGAACUGCUGAACCAGUUGGACGGGUUCGAGCCGACCAAGAACAUCAAGGUCAUCAUGGCUACCAACCGUAUAGACAUCCUCGACCCUGGUCUUUUGCGUCCUGGGCGAAUCGACCGAAAGAUCGAGUUCCCUCCUCCUAACCCAGAAGCCCGAGUGACCAUUCUCAGAAUUCACAGCCGAAAGAUGUCACUCCAACGAGGGAUCAACUUCCGCUCGCUGGCUGAGAAGAUGGGUCAAUGUUCCGGUGCCGAGGUUCGAGGUAUCUGUACCGAGGCUGGAAUGUAUGCUCUGAGGGAGAGGAGACAGUAUGUUGGACAAGAGGACUUCGAGAUGGCCAUCGCCAAGGUCCUCAAGAAGAACGCCGAGGGUAACACGUCGGUCAACAGGCUUUACAAGUGAUCUUCACGUCGCUCUAGAAGGAACUGCGUGAAUGAUGUAAAUGAGAAUUGUGUUGAUGAAUCUUAUGAGAGCCAAAUCCCGAUGGGCUCGCUAGACUCGGGCUUUUCGGCUGAGAAGUUUGCUUACGUCACUC